CAGACUCCUUUAGAUGUCUUCAUGUAUGGUGUGUAUGUGUGUGAUUUGUGUGAGCAUCUGCCCACACUUGGUGGAGAAAGGCUAUAGUGGGAAAUUAUGUCAGCUCAAUUGUUGUGGGAAUUCUGGGGCACAGUUGUACUCCUGGUCUUGUUUUCCUCCCCUAGCUCCGUUCUCUGGAUUCUUCUCUCCUGGCAAGUGAACACCAGAGGAGGACUUUGCAUUUCUAAACCAUGGCUCAUAAAUCAGUUAUAUUCAGUGAUGUAUCCAUAGUCUUCACUCAGGAAGAGUGGGAAUUCCUAGACUUGGAGCAGAAGGAUUUGUAUAGAGAUGUGAUGUUAGAGAACUACAGCAACUUGGUCUCCCUGGGAUGCUUUGUUUCUAAACCAGAUGUGAUUUCCUUAUUGGAGCAAGGAAAAGAGCCUUGGAAGGCUGUGAGGAAAGGCAGGAGGCGCUGUGCAGAGUUGGAAACCAAGUAUGAGACCAAGAAAUUAUCUUCAGAAAAUGGUGUUUAUGAAAUAAACUUAACCCAGUGGAAGAUAAUGGACAGAAUUAAAAACCAUGGCAUUGAGAGCAUCGUUUCAAAAAAUGACUGGGAGUCAAAAACAAAGUUUGAAGGACAAGAGGGAUCCCAAGUGGGAUAUCAAAUGAAAACCACAUCUGAAAACAUCUCCUCUCACCCAGAUCAUACAUCUGCUACUGCACCUGAGAGAAUUCACUUUGUGGAAAAACCCUAUGAAUGUAUAGAAUGUGGGAAGGGUUUUAGAGUACGCCAACAACUUACUUUUCAUGAAAGAAUUCAUACUGGUGAGAAACCCUUUAAAUGUAAGGAGUGUGGGAUGUCCUUUAGACAGACUGCACACUUAACUCGCCAUCGGAGACUACAUUCUAGUGACAAGCUCUUUGAAUGUAAGGAAUGUGGAGAGGCUUUCGUAUGUGGUACAGACCUUAGAGUUCAUCAGAAAAUUCAUUUUAGUGAGAAGCGCUAUGAGUGUGAUGAAUGUGGGAAGGCUUUUAGAGUACGUGGCCAACUUACUCUCCAUCAGAGGAUUCACACUGGUGAGAAACCCUAUAUAUGCAAAGAAUGUGGGAAGGCCUUCAGACAAUAUGCACAUCUUACUCGACACCAGAAGCUUAAUAUUGCUGACAGACUCUAUGAAUGCAAAGAAUGUGGGAAGGACUUUUUGUGUGGCCCUGGUCUUCGAGUGCAUUACAAAUUACAUACUGGUGAGAAACCCUACGAAUGUACAUAUUGUGGGAAGGCUUUUAGAGUGAGACAACAACUAACACUGCAUCAGAGGAUCCACACGGGUGAGAAACCCUAUGAGUGCAAGGAGUGUGGGAAGACCUUCAGUCGUGGCUAUCAUCUUAUUCUUCAUCAUAGAAUUCAUACUGGGGAGAAACCUUAUGAAUGUAAGGAAUGCUGGAAGGCCUUUAGUCGUUACUCACAGCUUAUAUCACAUCAGAGCAUUCAUAUUGGUAUUAAACCCUAUGACUGUAAAGAAUGUGGGAAGGCCUUUAGGCUACUGUCACAACUUUCCCAACAUCAGAGCAUUCAUAUUGGUGAGAAACCUUACAAAUGUAAGGAAUGCGGGAAGGCCUUUAGAUUGCGCCAAAAACUUACUCUACAUCAGAGUAUUCAUACUGGGGAGAAACCUUUUGAGUGUAAGGAAUGUAGGAAGACCUUUAGACUUAAUUCUUCCCUAACUCAGCAUUUGAGAAUUCAUUCAGGUGAGAAACCCUAUGAAUGUAAGGAAUGUAAGAAGGCCUUUAGACAACAUUCACACCUCACCAAUCACCUGAGGAUUCAUAAUGUAAUUCAUAAUGGAGAAAAAAUAUAUGAAUGUAAGGAAUGUAGGAAAACCUUUAUUCGUCGUUCAACUCUUAGUCAACACUUGAGAAUUCAUACUGGUGAGAAGCCUUACACAUGUAAGGAGUGCGGGCAGGCCUUUAGGCAGCGUGCACACCUUAUUCGACAUCAUAAACUUCACACUGGGGAGAAACCCUAUGACUGUAAGGAGUGUGGGAAGGCCUUUACAGUCCUCCAAGAGCUCACUCAGCAUCAGAGACUUCAUACUGGGGAGAAACCUUACGAAUGCAAGGAGUGUGGGAAGGCCUUCAGGGUCCACCAGCAGCUGGCUCGACAUCAGAGGAUUCACACUGGUGAGAAACCCUAUGAAUGCAAGGACUGUGGGAAGACCUUCAGACAGUGCACCCACCUCACUCGCCACCAGAGGCUUCACACCGCUGAGAAGCUCUACGAAUGUAAGGAGUGUGGGAAAGCCUUUGUAUGUGGUCCAGAUCUUAGAGUGCAUCAGAAAAUUCAUUUUGGCGAGAAACCUUACACAUGUAAGGAAUGUGGUAAGGCUUUUAGAAUAUGUCAGCAGCUCACUGUCCACCAGAGUAUCCAUACCGGUGAGAAACCCUAUGAGUGCAAGGAGUGUGGAAAGACGUUCAGAUUAAGACAGCAACUUGUUCGGCAUCAGAGAAUACAUACUCGUGAGAAACCCUAUGAAUGUGUGGAGUGCUGGAAGACAUUUAGUAGUUACUCCCAACUUAUUUCACACCAGAGCAUUCACAUUGGUGAGCGACCUUAUGAGUGCGAAGAAUGUGGGAAGGCUUUUAGACUGCUGUCCCAACUGACUCAACACCAAAGUAUUCACACUGGUGAGAAACCUUAUGAAUGUAAGGAGUGUAGAAAACCCUUCCGAUUGCUCUCACAGCUUACUCAGCACCAGAGUAUUCACACUGGUGAAAAACCUUACGCGUGUAAGGAAUGUGGAAAGGCUUUUAGACUUUACUCAUUUCUUACUCAGCAUCAGAGGAUUCACACUGGUGAGAAACCCUACAAAUGUAAGGAAUGCAAGAAGGCAUUCAGACAGCAUUCACACCUUACUCAGCAUCAGAAGAUUCAUAGCGGAAGUUAGCA